AUGGGUUGUUGCUGUCUGGAUCUGUUGGAAGAUCUGGAUCCACAGCGUCUGGUGAUCUGCGGAGACUCAAACCUGGUGAUCCGACAAGUACGAGGAGAGAUCGAUUGUAAGGCACCAGGUCUGACACUGCUACGCCAGCGAGCUUUAGAUCGACUACAGAUCCAGGAUCUCAUAACCUUAAAUCUGUUGGAUGAGAUCCUGAUAGCGAAAGUCGAAGACGAGACUCCACAAAUAUCAGCUGUGACGACUGCUAUGACGACCCGAUCUAAGGCUAGAUCGGGAGUGCUUGUGGGAUCUGAUCCGAACUCCCUACGAGAAGAGGUCGUGAGAGAGCUACGGAUCGAGCGGAUCCGACAAGCGCAGGACGAGGAGUCGUCGAUCAUGAGUUUGAAGAAGUAUUUGGUCGGGGAGGUCCGGGAUUUGAAACAAGAAGAAGCUAAGAUGUUUGGAUCUAUUGCUAUGAAUUAUGAAGUGGAUCAGUUGGAUCUACUCUUCUAUUGCCCGACAACUAAAAGAAACUGCCAUAAGCUGAUGCGACUGGUGAUACCUGAAACGCUUCAACAGGACAUUUUGCAUCACUAUCACACGAGUCUACAGAGUGGUCAUCAAGGGUUCGGUCGCACCUACGGUCGGAUCCGCGAUCAUUUCCACUGGAGAGGUCUAUAUAAGAGUGUACAGCGAUAUGUAGGGGAAUGUGUUGACUGUGAAACAGGCAAGGGAAGACCUCGGAUUCAGGGCGAGUCACCUGGUAACCUUCAGGCAAGAUACCCAUUUCAGAUCAUUGCCAUGGAUCACAUACCUUCAUUGCCUAGAUCCUUCAACGGCAACACUGAAUUGCUGAUUUUCGUGGAUCUAUUCUCGGGAUAUGUGAUCGCCAAAGUCAGCGCCUCUAGAUCCGCUCAAACAAUCGCCGAGACCUACAAAGAAUGUGUCUUCCGUCGAUUUGGCGCGAGCGAAGUGAUCCGACACGAUUGGGAGCCAGGCUUUAUGUCUAACUUCUUUAAGUCGAUCGUCAAGAUCAUGGGACAACGCCAACGGGCUACUAGCUAA